CAUGCUUUGCUGAAAUCAUUACAGUGAGAGCAGAGAAUCCAAUAAGAAAAUAUCAAAAUAUUUCGCUACACUACGGGUAGAGUAUGUUUUGUGAAAGAAAACGAUCAUAGGUGAAAUGCAAAGGAAUUUAACAUUUGCAAUGCAAUAUUUGACUAAACAUUAACAAUAUCGGCGGCUAGUGCAAAACAAAUAAAUGAUUACGCGUUUGUGAAAAGCUAAAUUUGUGAAUGCAAGUAUAAAGUUUAAUUUACUGUAUCUAAAGAUUAGAAAAUGCCAUAUUUGGUCAAGUGAAGAAAAACCAAAAUCGUGUAAAUAACCUAUGCGGCAGAAAGUUAAUGGAAAACUAGUUUUAUCACUUUACUCUACUCACGUAAAACCGGGCAUGAAGUGAAAAGGGGCAAACAAUAUUGAAAGCAAAAGAAAAAAUUUGGAGAAGUGCGAAAAAAUAAUACAAUUUAAAAUUUUUGGAACAUUUUAAUUUCUCGCAAUAGUUUGUUUUUUUAUUUUCGAGCGUAAUUUACCUGUCGCUACGUGUUUGAUAAAUUCGCAAAUAUUGAAACAUCCAUUGCUCUUUGACAGCUUAUGGCUGCUUGCUUAAAAUUCUGUAUCGAACUGAAUUCAAGAUUCAUUAAACGAUAAGUGAUUUCCAGAGCCAAAAACAAAUUCCGUGCAUUUGUUCUAAAUUCAUUGACGGUGAUAUACUUGUACUUGAGCGCGCAUUCAGUGCACCGCCGGCGACGAAUCGUUCACAAUUGGUAGCUAGUUGUCCAAUUGGCUGAACUGUGCUUUUUAUUAUACGAAACAAUUUCUCAUUCAUUCCGGCACUUUAACGUUACCGCUGCCGCUGCUGCCGCCAUAACAACAACAAGUGCAAGUCGACGCGAGUGCUCCACAUUUCUGUAGCAUUUCUUUGCGAUUGGCAGUCAAUUGCACUCCAUUUGCAUACCACAAACAAAACAGUGACUAAUAGUAUUUGCAACAACAACUGCAUCUUUGCCAUAAACAUUGUUGUUACAUUUCUAUUUGCCUAAAGAAAGUUUUGUAUAAUCUGCAAUUGCAUUAUUAGCUACGCUAUCGGAGUUCCCACACACACACACACAUAGCCUUGUCUAGUGUUUUUAUAGUUCCUGAAGUGUUAUUGUUAUUUCACACGUUGUGCGCGACGUCGACGUCACAUUCACAAUAAUGGCUGAUUUUGAUCUAAAUGUGGAUAGCCUCAUACAGCGGCUACUUGAGCCAUUCAAAAAGCAAAAAGAGGCUGAAGAGCAAGCGCAAAAAAUGCUCGUCGCUCAGCAUAUGCUGCAGCUGCAAAAGGAGCAGCAAAAAACUGAUGCACAAUCGCCAAGCGAACCGGAAGAUCUGCAGGAACAGGAACGGCGGCUACUCGAACAAUUCGCUUUGUCGCCGCCAAGUGAGACGCUCAUCUCGGAAGAGGGUGAUCAAAUAACGGUGCAUCAUCCGCGUGAAGAACCAAAGAAGUCGAAGUUGAAAUUGCGUGACUUUUUCGUGGCCGAAUUUGUGCGCAGCUGUCGUGCCGGAAAAUCUGUACAAAUGUCCGAGGCUGAAGUGCGCGGUCUCUGUUUGAAGUCACGUGAAAUUUUCCUUCAACAACCUAUUCUUCUGGAACUCGAGGCACCGCUCAUCAUAUGCGGCGACAUACAUGGCCAAUAUACAGACUUAUUGCGCCUCUUCGAAUAUGGUGGCUUCCCACCAGCAGCCAAUUAUUUAUUCCUUGGCGAUUAUGUGGAUCGGGGUAAACAAUCGUUAGAGACUAUUUGCCUGCUAUUGGCCUACAAAAUAAAAUAUCCCGAAAAUUUCUUCUUGCUGCGCGGCAAUCACGAAUGCGCCAGUAUUAAUAGGAUCUAUGGCUUCUAUGAUGAGUGCAAACGCCGUUACAAUGUAAAAUUGUGGAAGACGUUCACAGACUGCUUCAAUUGCCUACCCGUUGCCGCCAUUAUUGAUGAGAAGAUUUUCUGUUGCCACGGUGGCCUGAGUCCUGAUCUGCAGGGUAUGGAACAGAUACGUCGCCUUAUGCGUCCAACUGAUGUACCCGAUACCGGCCUAUUGUGCGAUUUGCUGUGGAGUGAUCCGGAUAAGGAUGUGCAGGGUUGGGGUGAGAAUGAUCGUGGCGUGAGUUUCACAUUUGGUGUGGAUGUGGUGUCGAAAUUCUUGCAUCGGCACGAACUGGAUCUCAUCUGUCGAGCGCAUCAGGUCGUCGAAGAUGGCUAUGAAUUCUUUGCGCGCCGUCAACUGGUGACCCUCUUCUCGGCGCCAAACUACUGUGGUGAAUUCGACAAUGCUGGCGGAAUGAUGACUGUGGAUGACACGUUAAUGUGCUCAUUUCAGAUACUCAAACCAUCGGAGAAGAAAGCGAAAUACUUGUACAGCGGCAUGAACUCGUCGCGACCGACUACACCACAACGCAAUGCACCGCUAAUAGCAUCGAAUAAAAAGGGCAAAUAAUAUAUCCAUCCACUUCCAUUUCCUUAAAAGUUAAUUAAUUACUAUAUUAAAUUAAAAUUCGAGAAUAUUAAUGAAAAUGCAAACAAACAAAAUCACAAACGAUGUAACAACAAAAAUAAUAAAAAGGAAAAGCAGACGAAGCGCGCUAGCAGCAAGUAAGAAGGCAGAAAUUCAAAAGCAAAAAAAAUACCAAAAAAAUAUCACAAAAAAAUACAAAACAAACAACAAAAAAAGAUACAAAAAAAAAAAAAAAUACAAAACGAAAGAGUUAAACAGUGAGAUAUCAGCAAUUACAGCAACAAUAAUGCAAACACAAUACACAGAUUACAAAGAAAUACAAGAAAAUGUGCAACCAAAUUAAAGUAAAAGAGAAGAGAAGAAAAAACAAAAAUAAAGCAGCAACUGCAAAGAUUUAUUAAAAUAAAUAUUUCAAGUAUAAGAUUUUAUUUAAAAGUAUAUAUAAAAUGCUUGUAAAAUGGCUGCAGUCAGACACACCAGUAAUGAUAAAUGUACUGAUUUUAUUUUCCUUUUUGUUUUUUGUUUUAGUAAAGCGUAAAAUAAACUGUUUGAAAAUUUAUAAAAUUUAUAUAUGAUCCACAAUUGAAAAUAAAAAAACGCAUGUUGUAAAUUAUUGUUGUGUAAGAGCGUAAAGCGAAAAAAUUUAUUGUACUAUAUGCUAAAUAAACAACAAAGUUACCGAGUUACAGAUCUGCAUUCAAAUACAUACAUACAUGCAUACAAAUUUGUUAUAAAAAGGUUGAAUCAAAUUUUGUGUGGUAAUAGCUGUGCUAUUUGUUGGGGUGAGUGGGAGGAAUGGAAAAAGUACAAGUGCGGUAAAGAAAAAUGAGUUGGAAGAGGAGGAUUCAGGCAACUUUUCUAUAUAAGUUUUUAUUGGAAAAUGAAAAACAAAAAAAAACAAAAAAAUAAUAUUUUAAACGAGCUUUUUUAAAAGUUCGAAAGUUGUCUUUGCUAGCUAUUUGUGGUUUCGAUAUUUCUCUAAAAAGUAUUCGUUUACAGAGUUGCGAAAUUGUACAGUAAGGCUUUUUUAACGUCGAAAUUUACUAACUGUAAGUAAUUCAGCCAUGAGCAGGGCGUGCAAACCUCCUAAAGAAUCUAAUCUAAUCUAAGAAAUUCAGCGCAAAAACGUAUUUUCGAAGUUGCAAGUGACAGAACACCUCGUUCUAAGAAGAAUAUCGAAAGUAGUAAUAUGAAUUUGAGAGUUUUCUUGAAUGCCUGGUUGACUGGUGAUUAGAAAUGCAGUAGUAAACAUAAAAAUUUAGCAGACGUAAACUCCUCAGAUUGGGAAGUAGUUUAAUAUUUUCGAAAUCAGUCCGACUUCAUAAAAUUUUUGUAAAUUUUCAUGCCAUUUUUGAACCAUAACACUCAAAUUAGUUGCAAGUUUGAAAAUGAAUAAAAAAAUUUUUGCAGGCAGCGCAGCAUCGUAAAAAGGGAUUCAACAACUUUCGAAAAACGUCAUUAUUUAAAAUUUUUAUGCUUUUCUAAAUUGCAUAUGCACAACAAAGAUUACAAUAUUUUUUUUUAUUUCGCAAUGAAUAUAAUUUAAUCAGUUUAAAGUUGCAUAUACCUAUAUCAAUUAAAACAGUUUUAUAUGCAAAUAUUAUAGAAAGAGAAACACUCUUUAAUUCGUUUUUGAACACAUAAAGUGAUUAUAAUAUUGAAAAAAUAUAAUUUUGCAGAUACAAAUUGCCCAGAAAUGUGUGAAUGUGUUUUCGAAAUUCCUAUUUGCGCUUUUAAAGUUAUUUGGAAGUCUCAAAUAUUUUGGAGAAAUUUCUUUUUUCCCAAAGUGGUAUCGAAAUAUAAAAUAGAAUGCAAAUAUUUUGAAGAAAUAUGUUUUCGAAAUUCUUAUAUGCGCUUUUAAAGUUAUCUCGAGGUUCAAAAAGCAAUGCUGGGUUUCCGCCAGGCACGUUAUAAAAUCUCUUACAAAUAUUAUACUUUUCUGAUGCUUGACACGUAUUUUGCAUGGAUAAGAGAUUUUUGUGAAAAUAUUAUAUUUCCGAAGUUCAUAUUUGAGCACUUAAAGUAAAUUCAAUGUAUAAAAUAGAACGUUGAAGAGUUUACCUUCGCUACAAAUGCAAAUAUUUUAUAGGCAAGUGUUUUCGAAGUUCGUAUUUGAAGACUUAAAGUAAUUUCGAAGUAUAAAAUAGAACACUGUAAUGUUCAGUUUCGCACCGUACACGAAUAUUUUGAAUGAAUUUGUUUACGAAGUUCAAAACUCAAGACUUGAAGUGAUUCCGAAGUAUAUAAUGGAACGUAGAAGUUUAUUUUCGCAUCGUAUGCAAAUAUUUCGUAGACAUUUGUUUUCGAGGUUCGUAUUUGAACACUUAAUCGGAUUUCGAAGCUUUAAAUAAAACACUGUAAAGCUCAGUUUCGCAUCGUAUGCAAAUUUUUUGGAAAUAUUUGUUUUCGAAGUUCAUGUUUGAGCUCUUAGAGUGAUUGUGAAGUUUAAAAUAGAGGUAAGGUUUGGUGUCGCUUCAUAUGCAAAUAUUUUAUAGAAUUUUGUUUUCGAAGUUCAAAUUUGAGCUCUUAGAGUGAUUUCGAAGCAUGCAAGAGAAGCUGCAAAGUUUAUUUUCGCAUCGUAAGGAAAUUUUUUGGCUAAAUAUUUUGAAUAAAUUUGUUUUCGAAGUUCAUAUUUGGGCACUUUAAGUUAUUU